UCAACUAUCAGUUUAAACUUUUAUGUUACAGUAAUGGCGCUUUUGUGAAUUAUAAAGCUUUAUACUUCUUGCCUUUGUAAAGGUUUUGAGAAAUUGAAAUCACUGUAGAAUAAUUAUAAUUGUAAUGAUUGACAAAACACAUCUUUAACAGACAUCACAAUAAUAAAACAAAAACAUGGCCGCUGGAGGUGCCUCGUUUUACAAAGGAUCUGACCUGAUUCAUGACUACAGCUGUUCCACCUGUGAGGAAAAUGACAUGAAUACUGAAGCCCAGCACUUCUGUCCACAGUGUGAACACUAUCUGUGUGAUAAGUGUGUGAAGUUACAUGGGGGUUAUUUCAAGAAACAUGUUGUUUAUGGGCGUGGAGACAUUCAGAAGUGGGCGGGGUUCUCCAUGGAUAUAUGUGACCAACAUGGCAACAAGCUGGAGGUCCACUGUGAUGACCACCAGGAAUUAUGCUGCAGUGUAUGUGUGGCCCUUAAUCACAGGAUAUGUAGCAGUAUCAGUCACUUGCCUGACCUGGCCAGAGGCUUCCUGGAAACAGCAGAGUUCAAGCAGCUGCCAGCAGUAGUUGACAAGAUGAGGAGCAGGCUGGAUGAGCUCAAGAAUGUCAGGACGAAAGAUCAAGAUUCACUAAUUGACUCCUACAAGAACAUCAUUGCUGAAGUCAAGGCUCUGCGUAAAAACAUUAAUACAAUCUUGGACCAGCUUGAGAGAAAGACAGUUGAACAGUUGGACAGGAUGAUGAAAGAUUUAGAGAAGUCCAUAAAAGAUGAUUUAGAAACCUGUGCCCAAAUGGAUCACCAACUGAAGACCAUGAUUGAGAAGCUCCAGCAGAUCACUGGCAAGAACAAGGAGACCAGUUCUUACACUGGAUACAUAAAAUGUCAGUCUAAAUUGAGUGAAGCCACGUGUUUCGUGCAAGAAAUACGACAUAACGACGUAAUGAAGUUAAAGUCAGAUGAAAGUGUUGUUCCAUUUCUUAGAAACCUGAAAAACCUUGGCGACAUUGAAAAAAUUCACGUGUACAAGACUCAGAGUUCCGCUCAAUAUAGUAUUAAAAUAAAGGAGGAUAGCGAUGUUUGCGUUAUUGUAGGUAUAUGUGAGUUGCCGGGUGGAGAGGUGGUUAUUGCAGACGGUCGCAACCAUAGAGUGAAGCUUCUGAACCAGAAGUACCGUGUCACUGAUCACUAUGAUCUUCAUUGUAAUGUCAUGCACUUGUGUUAUAUAACAGGCAAUGAUGUAGCUGUAACUAUUUUGAAUGUGAUCCAUAUUCUCACAUUGACCAGAGGGAAGCUAAAGGCAGUGAGAAAGUUCACCAUAGGCCAUAUUUCAUGGUCUAUUGCCCACAAUCAGGGCCAGCUGUUUGUUGGCUCCAAUGGUGGCAUUAACCUGUACACAUUAAAGGGAAAAUUCGUAAAGAAGAUCAAUGAAACCGAUGGUUCUGGAUUACUAGUGAUCAUUGUGCUGUUUCUACUGAUGUGGAGAGAUUUUAUGUAA